AAAAACAACAAACAUGGCGGCGCCCUCGGAAAACAUGUUGGAUUUUGAAACAGAACUGAAUGAAAUGAGUGGAGCAGCUUUCACUCAGAAGCACUUAGAUGUUAUCCAAAAUCUGACGAAGGAGUUUCGAGAUCGGGACUUUAGAGCCAGCGCGGAGAAAACGGUCUUCCAGAAUUUGGUACAGGUUUUGACAAAGUUGUCCGAGGAGAUUCGUGCGCAGAGCCCUGCGGCAGAGUCGAUGCGUCUGCUGCUACAGCUGACGGCAGAAUGCUUCCGAAGCCAGAGAAACGCUGCCGUGCAAUGUCACCGCAACCAGUGCCUCAUGAGGGAUCUGGGGUUCAUCCAGGUUUCGCUCGCUAUCCUGGAGGUGCUGCCCGGCCUGCAGGUGGAGAACGCGGCCUGCCCAAUAGAGGCUCUGCGCUGUGGGAUACAGUUCCUUGGAAACCUUGCUGUCGGAAACCAGGUUUGCAAAGACGACAUCUGGAAGCAGUGUUUUCCACGUCUCUUCUUGGAUCUGCUGGACCACAGCGAUGAGAAGACGGCCGGCUACGCCUCCAUGGUGCUCUACACCUGCCUGGACGAGCACAAGGUGCAGCAGCUGGUGCUGAACAGAGAGCCCCAGGAGCUGGCCAUGAGGGUCAUCAGGCUGUGCCAGAAACAGCCCGAGCUGGACUGGGCGGUUUUGAUUGUCACGCAGCACUUCCUGAAGUCCUCGGCUCUGGUGGAGACCAUGUUUGUGGGUCUGAAGCAUCAGGAAAGGGUGACGCUGCUGGAGCUGAUCACGGCCCAGCUGGGGGAGGAGGAGGAGGGGGCGGUGGAGGGGUGCAGGGUGCCCCCCCGGCUGGCGCGCUUCCUGGCCUCCCAUUUCCAGGAGCGCUGCAAGGUGGUGCUCUCCCUGGCCUCGCAGGCCGCCCCGGACGAGGAGGCCGUGACAGUGAUGCGGCUCUUGGACGUUCUCUGCGAGAUGACCUCCGACCACAAGAAGCUCAUGUUCCUGCAGGAUCACCCGGACCUUCUAGAAACUACCGUCGAGCUCCUGAGGGAGGUGCACGCCGCCGGCAAGGCGAGCCGCAACGUCUUCAGCGCCGCGCAGGAGUUCUCUGCCGCCGCCGGCCCCGCCUCCCACCCCGCCGUCAGCUUCAAGGCCCACCUGGUGCGGCUGAUCGGCAACCUGUGCCACGCCCACACCGACAACCAGAACAAGGUCCGAGAAAUGGACGGCCUCGCUCUCAUUCUAGAUAACUGCAGCAUCGACAGCAACAACCCCUUCAUCAGCCAGUGGGCCGUCUUCGCCAUCCGGAUCCUGCUGGAGCACAACCGGGAGAACCAGGAGGUCGUGCGCGCGCUGGAGCGGAGGGGCGUGGCGGACAACUCCGCGCUGAGGGACAUGGGCUUUCGGCUGGAGGAGAGGGACGGGACGCUCCUGCUCAAACCCCUUCGCAGGGACCACUGAGACCCCCCCCCGCCACCAUCCCGCCUCCACCAUCCCCCUUCCUCUCCCCUCCCCAGCGAAGCACCAGUGGCAGGUGGAUGUGCUCACAGCUUCCCUGUUGCAAAUGUAUUUAAAACCCCUUUUGAAGAGUCGGUUUUUUUUUUUGGUUUGUUUUUUUUUAUGUUUUUUUUUUCUUUUUUCGAAAUUUUAAAUCCGUGUUCUAUAGUUCCGUUGCUUUCAGUUACCAGUUGUGAGUGUUGCAUUGAGUCGAGAACAUUCUCAUCGCAUAUUCACGGAUUUCAAUCGCUUGACCAAACUGUCGCGGCCGCUAUUUUGAUGACCGAAUGACGAUUGCUUGUCGGGGUUGACAGCAGAUGGUGGCGAGCUAGCUGACUAUUACUUCUGCACAGGGAUGUAAACCUAAAUCGACAUUCAGAGGAUGUGAACCAUGUAAUUUACCUGUUUAACCCCCUCCAGAUUGAUGACAAAUUACUUGCAAUUCUUCUUUAAACAAUAUUUACGAUAUGAUUGCCUGCUGUCCGUUUUCCUUGAAUUUGUAGGUCAUCGGCGUGUUGCAUUCAUGAGAAGCUGGGGUGAAGCCAUUAACUUUGUUGUUUACAUUUUCCAGUUAGCAGAAAGCUACUAAGGCUUGGCUUUGAACAGUUAACUGUUAUUAGAUAGCUAUCAUUAGGUGUUGGUGUCUGAAGUGGGCAUUGUCCAAUGCACUUCAUCGCUGUAUGAACUUAUAGUAACUGUUACAUAUGUAAUGGUUUAACUGAUAUCUACUUCAGCUAAUGUACAACCUGAACUCGCUAUCUAAUGAUAUAUUUUCUUUUAAUGUGAUGGAAAAAUUGUGGUGUUAAUCAACCAGUCUUGCUAAGCUAACUAACUUAUCUUAGCGAGCUGAUCUAUUAGCUAUAGUCUACCUUAACAUCCCUGGCAUAAAGUCCAGCUUAGACCAGCUUGAAAUGCCAGCUACCAGCUGUUUCAGAACAUAGCUUGAGCUGGUCUGCCCAGGGGUGCUGUUAUUAUAACUUGAGCUGUUAUUUUCCACAGGGGUGCCACCUAAAAUGCAACUGACAACUGAAAGUGAAACAUAUUGCUGGAAUUUUCUUUUAUCACUAAACUGACACCGUUUCAAGUCAUCAAUAUGGCGGCCAGCUGUCUUAUGACAUCACAUGAAAUCUGUGAAUUUGUGAUCUUAUGCCUUGAAAGGUUAAGAAAGAAAAAAAAAACAGUUUUGCACUAACCGUUGGUGUCGAACACAGAUGUGACUUACCUGAUUAAAAAUAACAAACCCUAUGCAGCGAAAGGUGUAUAUUAUUAGCACCAGCACUGCAACAGAAAUAGUUUAACAUCCUCCAGGUCGUGGGUGCUUAGUCCAGGGUAUUAAUCCCUCGAUAUAUAUAAUGCACAUAGGUUAUCAUAAUGUACAAAAAUAUACGCAUCUGUAAUCGUAAUCCUGUACAUGAUGGUGGAUGUUAAGGAUGACAUUCGGAGAUUCUGUCUUGGUGCUGACUUAGGAAUGGUGUGAACCGCAUCAGAAUUAGCACUUGGACAUCGUAAUUUUAAUUGUUUUGAGAAAAGACAUGGUACCUUCUAUAACAAUGUACCUUUGAGAGAUUACGGUCAUGAUGUGUUCACUUCUCUCAAAGGACGUCAAACCAAACCCCUAGUUGGAGCGGAAAUGUAUGAGUUUUGUUGUUAUAUUUUUGCAAGGGGGUCAAAGUUUGUAUUUAUCCUAGCUCUGCAAAUACCGUAGGAUGCAAGCUUUUCUAACCUUAUCACCUUCUGUAAUAUAAGUUUACUUUUUUUUGUUGUUGUUUGAUUGUGGUGACGCAACUGACUCUUCUCCUCUGACCACGUGCAGGUUUCUGCAGUCAGGGAAAAACAAUUUUAUCCCCCCCCCCCACAUAAAAAACAAUCAGUUCUAAGCUGCUUCAUUUUCUGAAUGCACUAGCAUAUCUUUAACUGCAAUAUAUUGAGACAAUUUUGUCUCCUUGAAAGAGAAAAAUACAAAAUCUCCUGCCAGGCAGUUUUUUGCCCAGUGCGCACUUGCAUGCAUUGCAUUUAUGCUUAAUUUUGCCAUCCGUAGCUUCUGAAAGUUGGCCCCGAAUCCUAUAACGUAAGGUGUUAUUUAUGAAUUGUAUUCAAUAAAUGCUGUCCAUUGUAACAGAAAUCAAAUAACUCCCCUUCCCCAUUCCAUCGCAGUGCAGCACAUUCUGAAAACCUGUUUAUUUUGCUUUUUUGCAAAGUACAAUACAGGCGAUAUUAUUCCUCUAUUGAUGUUAUGAACACAGCCAGUAGACUCCCCGAUACAAAGGGCUUGCUGUCUGGGAUCUUCCAUUUCCCAGAUGUUACCCGUCUUCCAUUGCAUGCAAUUCUAGUCAUCCUUCAGCUGCUCAUGUUUCCAUCCAUAAAAAGUUUUUUGUUUUUAUUCCUUGUUCCCUGAGCAGGAAACUUUUUAUCCCAAAUUAAUUGUCUACCGCAAGAAAUGUUUGGCCAGGCCUCAACUGUCUGGAGGCAGUCUGAAGUGGAAUCAGUACUUCUAUCUGGCUAUGAAGUUUCUUCAUUUCUUAAAAAAAAAAGUUGAGAAAUCCAACCAUGAAAUUCAAAGCAGUUAAACCCUCCCAUUACAAUGUGUAAUUAAGCACAAAAAUAAAUAGGAAACCGUCUUAAAAUAUUCUCUCACAAUCUCCCCCAAUCCAACUGAAUAAUAUUUGGCAUGCUGUGUCUUAUCGGGAGGACCAGGACGGCAAAAAAAAAAAAAGGUUAAAAACUGUAACCUACAGUUUAAGGCCGUUUAAUUCUUCGACAAUCAGUUAUACCUCACCAGCGUUCGUAAGCCGCGACAGCGGUUGUGACGAUUCUUAACGACAAAAAACUUUGCGGGUCUCGUACGCGGAUGCGGAGCGGUUUUCCCCGACGCCGAGCGCCCCUUUUUUCCAGGGGGUUCGGGAAUCGCGGGGUUAAAAAAUCCCGAAGCGCGGGAACAGAAUGGAAAUUCCUGGGCCGGUUGCAGGAGGGAGCGCGGGGCCGAAAAGCGGUGGGUGUCCCCUUCGCUCCUCUUUGGAGGAGACCCUUCUUCACCUCUGGCCUCGUCUGCCAAGCAGUGGGGGUACACAAAACACACAGGCAUAAUCCAUAUAAUAAAACGGGCCAAAUGAAUGGGUUUUGUGGAAGGCAGAAAAGGGGGUAAUGCCCUGUGUUUUCUAAAUGGGGGAAAAUGUAGGGCUUUUCACAGUGAAAACAUGCUGAUUACUGUAUUGUAGAGUGGCUUUUGAUUCCCCUGUGAGGUUUAAUCCCCCCGUGAACACAACAGCACCCCUGUCUUCCACCAAUGGCAAUUCGCCCCCCCCCCCCCCCCCCCCCAACGAGACUUCUAUUAGCGGCGAGGGUGGGGGAUUAAUUCUGAACCUGAUCAGUCAUUAAAAAAAGCCAGGCCUCGCCGAAACGGAGAAUGGCGAGCCAGUCCUUCACCGCUAUUGACCGCUGCGCCUCUCUAUUCACCGAGAGUGGGGUUCACAGUUUGUUGUUUCUAAACAAUGCGUAGGAGUAGGUGAAUGAAGACCACCCCCCCCCCCCCCACUAUACGUUUAUCCCUUUGCGUUUUCUUUUCUCCUCCCUCCCUCCUCCUCUUCUUCUUCUCCUGCUUCUUCGUCAUCUUCUUCUUCCUCGCAGGGAAAGCAAUUAAAGCGGGGGGGGGGGGGGAUUUUUAUAGAUGGGGGUCGAGCUAUUCUCUGGGUGAUGACUGUGAAUGAGUCCGCGCUUCUCGUGCACACAAAAGGAGUGGCCUAGCUUGGGGGUUGAGUGUGUGGCCUUCUCAAAAGAGAGCCAGUAAACAGCAUCACGGGCCCUCGUUUCCUUUAUGCCUUGCGCGCACACACACACACACACACACACACUAAAUACAAGUGAGUUUCAAUUAAAAGGAAAAGCUCUUUAUGUUUGUGUUUUUUUUUUAUUUUAUUUAAAUGAUUUCAUGGGUUUCAAAUAAAAAUGUGUUUUACCUGUUGAA